GCGCAAGGGCCCUCCGCCUUCCCCGCGCCCCUUCCUUCCUGGCGGGUCUCCCAGCAACGCAAGCCCGGCGCCUCGGACGCGGCCUGCGGCCUUCCUGCUCCCGAGUGAGGCGCUCGAGGGCCCCGAAGCGAAGGGCGGGGAGGCGGCCUGUGCCUGGGAAGGGACCGCCGGGCGGCCUGGCUGGACACGCGCCUCGGAGAGCCUCUGGUGCGCCGCAGGGAUGCUUUCGCCGGCCUCGGCCUCGGCCGGCCUGGCGGGCAGGAGGAGCGGGAGGAGGCGCUGCUGCACCGCGGAGGAGCUGCGGGCCCGGCGGAGGGAGCGCGAAGCCGCCCUGAGGAGUGCCCGCAGGCAGCAGCAGUUAGUCAGCAAGCGGCUGUUAUGGGAAGACACCUUGACAGAUGAAGGACAGGUUGGAACGGAUGGUGGUACAACAGCUCCUCUCUCUGAACAAGAGGUUUCAGAGCUUCUGAGAAACAUCCAAAAGGGAACAGAAGAGAGGAUAAAAUCCCUGCGCCACCUUCGAUGGGGGCUACAGCACAAAGAGAGCCAACAGAAAUUCAUCAGGCUGGAGGGUAGCAUGCGGACGUUGAUUGGCCUCUUCACCAGCAAUCUGGCAGAUUUGCAGAUGGAGGCAGCCUGGUGCUUACAUGAGUUGUCGCACUCCCAAGACCCGGAUGUCAUGAAGGCCUGUUUACCAGCCACCUCCUAUCUUCUGACCUACCUCUCUGGACACAGCAUUGCCCUCACAGAGCUGUGUUUGUACACACUGGGGAACUUGGCAGUGGAAACGAAGGUUGUGAAGAAACAACUUCUGCCUCAAGGCAUGAUCCCAGUGUUGGCGUCUUGUAUGCAGUCCCCUCACAUGGCAGUGCAGGAAGGCGUUGGCUACGCUCUGUCACAGCUCUUGCAGUCUACGGAAGCUGCAGAAGAAAUCAUACCCUUGAUCCUAGAUUCUUCCCUCUCCCAACACAUGCUUCGCUUGGUUUGCUCCAACCUGGAACAGGGAGUGGGCGUUGCAGUGGAAUUUGCAUGGUGUCUGCAUUACAUUAUUUGCAGCCGGGUGAACAACUCACUGCUGAUCUCCCAAAGGGCCCUGCCGACUCUCGUGCGGCUGUUGCUGGAUCUGGCUUCCAUGACGACGGCAACUUCUGCUGAGGGUCUGGAACUGCUGGUCUGUCCCGUGGUGCGAUGCAUUAGCAACCUCCUUGCAGAAGACGAGACCUGUGAUGGUGAACUGCAGGCCCAAGCAGAGUGCCUCCUGAGGGCCGCGUUUGUCUGCAUCAGGAGCUUCCUCCCCAAGCACCUUUUCAUUGUGCAGGAGUGUUUAUGGCUGCUCAGCAAUCUCACAGCUGACAGCCCCAUGUUGUGUUCGGCUCUGCUCGGCCUGGACCUCUUUCCACUUCUGCUACAGCUCUUACAUUGCCAGAAAGCAAGUGUGCUGGUUCUAACAGUGCUGUGCAACGUAGCUGCCAAGGGGUCUGCCCACUGCCAGGCACUGCACCAGAAGGCUGGGCUUCCUUCUCUCAUUGGCGCCCUUGCUGUUUCUGAUGACCAAGCAGUGAACCACGUUCUAGAACUGCUGCACCUGCUCUUCCUACACUGGCCAGAGGCUGCCCUUGACUUUGUGGAUCAGUCUGGACUACAGGCUCUAGAGCGGCAUCGGGAUAAUCUUCAGGUGCAAGAGAAAGUCGAGGCACUCGUCAGAAUUGCCAGCCAGCUGGCAGCUCCCCCUCAGGACUGUCCACUUGAGGCUUCAGCCGAUGAUUUGUAAUAUUCUUCCGUAAAGAACUGAAGCAGAGACGUGUCACUCGUAAUGGCUGGUUUCCAAGAAAGAACUGCCUUUUGGAAGAGCAAUUAUCACUAGAUAAAUAUCUUGCCGUAGCUUCUACUGGACGUGGGGUUCUUCUGCAGUUCCUUUGACCGGUUAGCUUAGUAGUAGUCAUACCGAGGUUCAUGCUCAGAGUGGUAGUCAACAAGUUUACAACCUC